AUGAGAAAUCGGUGUGGUACGUCAAUAGUGGACGCUCAAGGGAAUAAUGAAAAUGCAUCGAUAAACGUUUUGUCGGAAAAGGUUGAAAAUGCCUGCAAUUCUGAGAGAGACUCUCAAAAGGCUUUUACGAAAACCACAGAUAACACCGAAUCUGUCUCUGAGCAAAAUAACGGUGAUUCAAAGGUUUCAAAUUUAUCCGCUGGAGAAACUUAUGAAGAAUGCCGAAUGUCUCUUCAGGACAGCAAAAGGCAAUCGUUUAAUAAUGAUAGAGAUUCGCUUAUGGAUUCCUUAGACUGUGUUAUUAAAAGCAGGCUUUCAGUAAAGAAAAAUAUUACUGGAAGCAAGAAUUCUCGUUUUAAUUAUGGUUUUUUACAAGGAAACAAGAAACCAAAACUUAGUACUAUCGAAGCUUCAAGGAGCCUAAAAAAUGAGCAUAUUUCACCUGAAAUGAGUUCUGAAGAUUCCAAUCAAAUCCACAAAAUGGCUGCCAACGAGGAAGAAUCCAUUUGUUCUAUAAAAGAUGACAUUGCAGUUGCAGGACCUUCUGGAAUACGUCCCCUUAAAAAAAAGUUCGUUUGCCAUAUUUGUUCUAAACGUUUUGAAUGUAAAAUCAACCUUGAAGAACAUUAUCGAAUACAUACUGGAGAAAUACCCUUCCAGUGCAGAAUUUGUAAAACAUCAUUUGCUCGGAAAUCAGAUCUCAAACGACAUUAUAAAAUACACUCUGACGAAAAGACAUUUGUGUGUGAUAUAUGUGGAAGAGAUUUCAAUUUCAAACAAAAUCUUAAGACACAUUAUCGGACUCACACGGGUGAAAAACCCUUUGUGUGUGAUGUAUGUCAAAAGGCAUUUGCUCAUGUCUCUAAUCUUAAAACACACAUCCGAACACACACUGGGGUAAAACCUUAUAAAUGCCCAGCUUGUGAAAAGAGUUUCACUAACAACAGAAGUUGCAGAAAUCAUCACAGGAGAAUGCAUGAAUGA